AUGACAAGAAAAUUGCCUUGGAAAAGAGAUUCUGAGUCCUCAUCAAGCAAUAGCGCAAGAAAUACAAAAGCCCAAAGCCCCAAGUUACCUCCUGCGCGGAAAUAUGAGAAUCAGGAUGUUUUACGAACGCCCGUGUCACGCAGACAUGUUCGGCGCGUUUUGGAUUCCGACCCUAUCCGAAGUCCAUCUACUUCGCCUCCACCAGAGAGGCCUCAUGAAGAGUUCAUGAUUCCAGGACCGCUCAAUGACGACAAAUUCAGAAUGGUCGAUGAUGAGUUUCUGCACAUGGCCCAGCGCUUCACCGCGCACCUUCACCGAGCAGAAUACGAUCGCCUCAAGGCCCUCGCCAAGGCCCAAAACGCGGCUACUAUCAGCGAGAUUGAGCGUCCCGUCGUGGCAAGUGCGGUGCCGACAGCCAGGGCACGACAGAGGAGUGAAGCAGCUCAGAAUUCUAUGAAGCGGCGUAAAGCGCUGGAAGCUGAGAGUGGUGAUGAUGGUGAUGACCACAAAGCAAAGGAGGAUGAACAAAGGUCGCCGUGGGCGACGGGUCUACGAGGAUUGAUGGAGGCGCCGAGACGAGAGGGAAGGACAAUUAUACCUGCGGCGAAUGCUUCAUCUUCUUCCUCUAGGACGAGAGCGGCCGCUGGGUAUUCAAGCAAGUCGUCACCACAGCAAGACCAUCGAAGCCGUGAAAAAUCACCGUCAUUGCCACCAUUGGUGUCAUCAUCUAAGAGGGUCAAGCUCGACUUGCCCGCCAAUCCAAAAUCAACUACUACACAGAGUAGAAACAUCUCCCAGCAUCCUCGUACCUCCAACUCAAACCCUCAAGAUAUAUCUUCACGCGCCACAGAACUUCCCAAGGGAAUUCCUCGUCCAGAUUCUUCUCGAACCAAAGCCGACAAUCAGCCACCCAGUGUCUACAAUGUGGAUGACGACUUGGAUGAUGAUCUGUUUGGCUUGCACGAGCGUAGGAUGAGCAGGAAGAAAUCCCGAGAGCAGUCCAGACGACCGGGUACAAAGAGUGAAGUCAAAGACGAAUCAAAGACGAUCGAUUUGAGCUCUAUCCCUACAUUCUUAUAG